AUGUAUUACAGUGAUCUCACGGAGACGUGGUCGAAUUUCUCUCUUUUGGUGGAUAAAGCGGUUCUUUUGUACCAACAAGAAGAUGAACAGAGAAUCUUCGAUCACUUCCCAAGAAGACCGAGAUCAUCAUCGUUCAAGAAACCUCUUCAAAACCUUAAUGGUGCUUCUACUUCUCCACUCUUCGAUCUUAACAAGAUUCCCUCAGAGAAGACAAACCCACAAAACCCUAGUUCCCUCUCAUCUUCUUCCUCUUCGUGCCUAACAGAGAACAACACAAGCCGCAAGAGACGUGCCGUGCAAGAACCAAUGCGUAGUUUCAAGAAACCAAAGGUGUCACCUUUAUUCACAUACGAGGGGAAAGAUACUCCGUAUUGGGUGGUACAAUUGAUGAGAAGCACGAAAGGAGCGCAAGACCCGAUUCUAAUCUUUGAGAAGACUCUUUUCGAAACAGAUGUCAAACCAAGCCAGAGCCGUCUCUCGAUCCCUUUCCACAAACUGAUCCGACACGACUUCUUGACACCCGUUGAGUCGAGAAUCAUCGAGGAAGACAUCAACAACAACGAAAAGAUGGGUGUGGGGGCGGUUCUUGUUGAUCAAGGCACUAAGAAGUGGGGAGUGUUCCUCAAGAGAUGGGAGAUGAAUGGUUCUUGGAACUACGCUUUGGUUUGUGGGUGGAACGAUGUCGUGAAGGCUAAUGGGAUGAAAGGUGGCGACAGCAUUAGUCUUUGGUCUUUCAGGUGCCGAGGAGUCCUCUGUUUUGCCCUUGUUCCCCUUCUUCCCAUGUGA